AUGGCCUCCUUUGAAGGCAAAGUGGUGGCGAUUACAGGCGCAGCAUCAGGGAUCGGUCUUGCAAGUGCCAAAAUACUAGCGAGUCGAGGUGCCGUUCUAUCAUUAUGCGAUGUUCAGCAAGAAAAGCUCGAUGAAGCUGCUCAGAUAUGCCGAGAUGCUGGAGCACGCGAGGUCGUGACAUUUAUUGUGGAUGUACGGUACUCUGAGCAAGUCGACGACUGGAUCAAUUCGACCGUCCAAAAAUACGGGAAAGUCGACUGUGCUGCCAACAUUGCUGGACUUGGUGGUCCACUACAGACAUUGACAGAAACCUCGGACAAAGACUGGGAGUUUGUGAUGGGUGUCAAUGCCACCGGAUGUUUCAAUUGCCUUCGUGCUCAAUUGCGUGUCAUGGAGUCUGGCUCGUCCAUUGUGAAUUGUGCCAGUAUUUCUGGUUUCAAAGGCACAAGCAAUUCUUCCGCAUACACAGCUGCGAAACACGCUGUUGUGGGACUCACAAGGGUUGCCGCCAGGGAGUACGGACUCAAAAACAUCAGAGUGAAUGCAAUCACUCCGGGCCUGGUCGAAACACCUUUGACCACUGGGUUAGAACAGAAGAUGGGCAUCACAUUCCCAUUCUCUCAAACAGCCUUGAAUCGUAAGAGCCAGCCAACAGAACAGGCGAACACGAUCGUCUUUCUUCUCAGCGAAGAUAGUAGCUACACAACAGGCUCCAUCGUUGUAGUUGACGGGGGUUGGACAUGUUGA